UCAACCUCUAGCGGUUUGUUUGGGAACCAACACAUCCAUGAUGGGAACUAUUACAGGCCUGCACGUGUAUUAAUGGAACAGUGGCGCCUGUCAGUGGUCAGAGGCUGUCAGUACAGGGGGAGGACAGGUAGACAGGAGGUCAUCACUGGACCUCAGGCUGCUGCUCUCCCUCGGUGCCUGGAACAACAGGCGGUCUCCACACUUUCCGAACACCAUGAACGGAUCAGCCGAGCUGCUGACCUCGUCUCCCCGCUCAUGAAGAUGCCCCAUGCGGGCUGCUCUGUGCUAGAACAUGGCGGAGUCGGACGGUGGGGACUUUGCUCCGAAGCAUUCGCAGAGCAGUAUGGCAAACAAGAAUAGCACCCUGCGCUGUACCUUCUCGGCCCCAAGCCACAGCUCCAUCCUCCUGCAGGGCUUGUCGUUUUUGCGGGCUCAGGGCCAGCUGCUUGACGUCGUGCUGGCCAUCAACGAGGAACGCUUCCAGGUCCACAAAGCUGUGCUGGCUGCCUGUAGUGAUUAUUUCAGAGCAAUGUUUACUGGCGGCAUGAGGGAGUCAAACCAAGAUACCAUUGAGCUGAGGGGCUUGUCCGCCCGUGGGUUGAAACACAUUAUCGACUUUGCCUACAGUUCUGAAGUCACUUUAGACCUGGACUGUAUUCAGGAUGUACUCGGAGCUGCUGUGUUUCUCCAGAUGGUCCCGGUUGUGGAGCUGUGCGAAGAGUUCCUCAAGUCAGCGAUGAGCGUGGAGACCUGCCUGCACAUCGGCCAGAUGGCCACCACCUUCAGUCUGUCUUCCUUAAAGGAGUCGGUGGAUGCCUUCACUUUCCGUCACUUCCUCCAGAUUGCUGAGGAGGAGGACUUUCUGCACAUUCCCAUGGAGCGCCUCGUCUUCUUCCUGCAGAGCAACAAACUGAAGAACUGCAGCGAGAUCGAUCUCUUCCACGCCACCAUCAGGUGGCUCCGGUACGACAAGUCUCGUCGGGCUCAAGCCAGCAGUGUCCUCUGCCAUGUGCGCUUCCCGUUAAUGCGCUCCUCAGAGUUGGUGGACAGUGUUCAGACAGUGGACAUCAUGGUGGAGGAAGUGCUGUGCCGCCAGUAUCUCCUUGAGGCCUUCAAUUACCAGAUCCUUCCUUUCAGACAGCACGAGAUGAAAUCCUCGCGGACACUCAUUCGUUCUGAUGUCAUGUCACUCAUCACCUUUGGGGGGACACCCUACACUGACAACGACCGCACAGUCAGCACCAAGGUGUUCUGUCUCCCUGACAUCACUUCUCGCCAGUUCAAAGAGCUGACAGAGAUGGAGACCGGGUGCAGCCACGCUUGUGUCGCUGUACUCGAUAACUUUGUGUACGUUGUCGGUGGACAGCACUUACAGUACCGCAGCGGCGAGGGCGCAGUGGACAGCUGUUUCCGCUAUGACCCACACCUGAGCCAGUGGCUGCGCAUCCAAUCCAUGCAGGAGGGUCGUAUUCAGUUUCAGCUCAACGUGCUGCAUGGACAGCUGUAUGCCACUGGAGGGCGCAAUAGAUCUGGCAGUCUGUCAUCUGUGGAGUGUUACUGCCCAAAGAAGAAUGAGUGGACUUACGUGGAACCAUUAAAACGCAGGAUUUGGGGUCAUGCAGGGACUUCGUGUGGAGAGAAGCUGUAUAUCUCAGGGGGUUAUGGCGUCUCGCUGGAUGACAAGAAAACGCUUCACUGCUAUGAUCCAGUGUCAGACCAGUGGGACUUCAGAGCUCCCAUGAAUGAACCCAGAGUGUUGCACGCCAUGAUCAGCAUCAGGGAUCGGGUUUAUGCUCUGGGUGGCCGCAUGGACCACGUGGAUCGUUGUUUUGACGUGCUGACCGUCGAGUAUUACAUUCCAGAGAACGACCAGUGGACCACUGUCAGCCCCAUGAGAGCCGGGCAGUCCGAGGCAGGCUGCUGCUUACUGGACAAGAGGAUCUACAUCGUGGGAGGAUACAACUGGCACCUGAACAACGUCACAAGCAUCGUGCAGGUGUACAACACGGAGACAGAUGAGUGGGAGAGGGAUUUGCACUUCCCAGAAUCGUUUGCUGGCAUCGCUUGUACACCGAUUAUACUUCCACAAAACACCACACAACGCUAACCUGCGACUGUGAAGACUUUAUUCCAUGUGCUCUGUCUGCCGAGCAUUGUGUCAUCACAAGGUGUGAACGUAAUUUAAGCAACUGGUGUGCGUUAAAAGGACCUUUAAAGCUUCUAAGCAGCACUACACAGAGUGACAUAUUAUUUUCUCUUCUAGUUAUGGGUAAGAUGUGUCUGAUUAAACUUCAGAGACGAAAACUCUUGGAUUUUUACAUUGGGACACUUCUGUGAACCAGGUUUAGAAAUAUAAAAUUGGACAGUUUAUCAGCAUUGACAGACACAUUUUAUCACGUUUCGGUGGAAAAGCCUAUAGUAAGAUGAGUAUUUUUUGUCUGAAUUCAGUACCUGACUGAUUAAUAUAUUAUCUGCCAGUUACAUUUUAAGUCAGUCAUAAUAUAUAAUUAAUAUACUGUGUAAUCAGUAUUUUUUGAUAAUAUCUAAUCAGUCUUUGAUAGUUUGUACCUUUGGAAAAUAUACACUUGCACAUGAACUGGAAAGAUAUAGCUGUAGCUAAUCUUCCAGAAUAGCGUCAUUAUAACACUUUAUAUCACAAAAAUCUUAAUCAUAGUUUCCAUAAUUGUCACAAAGGCACAAAUAGAUUUCUUGUUUUGUUCUAUCAUUCUAUCAGAUUAAUGUGACUUGGAAAUCUUGGAAUUUCUUUAUUUGAGUCAUGAGAUAAAAUUUGCUGUGCAAACACUCAAUCUUUUUAAUGUUGGACAUUUUGACUGUACAGUUGUGAUUUUUCUUUUUAUUAUUCAAACAAACAAGACAACUGAUGUUUCUGCUCAAAUAUCUAAUCACCAAACCACAUAUCAAUGCACAGAAUCGAUAAACACAAGUAGUGUGUAAGUUCACAUCUCAACUGAUAAAUUCUACUUUAUAUUGUUAAUGUUUGUUUCUGUUUGUUUGUCUUUGAUUGCUACUUAUAACACGCCCCACCCCCAGCCACCGACACACUUCCUGUUCUGUCACUCAAAGUAAUAAACUACUGUAGGCAGCUGCAUAAUAUAGUAAUAAUUUCAGUGUGUGCUGUUGUAAUCCACUCAGUACAUUUAAUUGAACGUUGAUCUUGCAGGACACAAUUGUCUUGUAACAUCUCGCACAAGUCUCUAACUUACAUGCUCAAUAUUUCCAUUCAUGAGAGUUGAUACAGGCUCGAGUUUUUAUACACUGUUGCACUUUUUCCGAGCAGUAUUUAUGAGACAUCUGAUUUUAAUGUGUGUAUAAGGAAGAAUCAAGCUUAAAAGGUUUUGUUAUUUUGUUUUUUUUAAAUGUGACCAUAUGACAGUGAGUGUCUCCUGUUUGCCUUAGUGUGUCUUUGUCCUGCUCUGCCUGUACCAAUAAAAGCACAUUAUAUUGUUGAGGUGCAAUAUAAAGGAAACCGCUGUAUGCAAAGGGGAAUGUAGACACUUGUGUAGCUUGAUCUGCAUCCUUUAUUAAAGAUGUAUCAUGUUUUAAAAAUACCCCUCAGGUGUUUUUUGUUUUUCUAUUUUGAUGAUAUGAUGAUUCAUUUCCACAAUAAGAUACUGCCUUGCAUUAUUAA